UGCGACAAGAGCUUCUCGCGUUUGUUCAACCUCCGAUCACACAUGCGCACACACUCCAAAGCGCGCCCGUUUGUCUGCUCCUCAUGCAACUUUGCUUUUUCGAGGCGCCAUGAUCGCGAUCGUCAUGCCAAGAAGCAUUUGUCGGAGAAACCAUACAAAUGUAUCGUCUGCGAGGCAACCUUUGUGCGCCAAGAUGCAUUAGUUAGACAUUUGCGA